GCGUACGUACGCAUUCAACUCAACUUUGUUUACACUGAACUCCGAGGAAUUUAAUCAAAUUUAUUAUUUCUGCUAUUUUUCAGAAUUGAUUAAUUACUGUUUUUAUGGUUUUCCCAUUAAUUAAAGUGUGUUAGUGGUGUGUGUGCAAGCUCUGUGAUGGAUUUGAAAAAAACAGUUCCAACAUCGCGCUUAUUCAGCCUUGCACUUCUUGACAUAAAGGAUGAACAGGAGGAGAGGUAUGAAAAGCUGAUUGUCUCCUUGCAGGGGAUUAUUCAGGGGAAAGGAGAGAAAGAAUUAAAUGAUGCUCUGAGCACAACCGUGGCUAAGGAUGCUAAAAGUCAUGAAGAUAUUACGGUUGGUUACAUGCUUCUUAUACUUAUUGAACCAGAUAAUGCACAGAAACAUUACAGACAUUUAACCCUUGUGUCCCGUGAUGGAUUACACUGUGUACUCAAUGAACUGACAAGACUAGUGCUGGAUAAAUACCUCAAGUUAAAGGAAGAGGUUCGUCGCCAGCUGCUAUGGAUCGUCAGAGAGAUGAUCAAAAACCAGGUUCAAAAUAUUGAUGGUUUAUGUUGGACAUUAAUGAGACAAAUUGCAGGAGGAGACCUUAGUCAGAAGAAUCUGUGGUUGGCUGACACCCUGAUGGAUAUCUAUACUGAGCACAGAGCUUGGUUGGAGAAAUUCCAGUUCCUCCUCUCCAGUGUAGUAUACACCUAUCUCAGGAUAAUUGAAGAUCAUGCUCAUUCCAAUCUGUCGGCUCUCAGGACUAAGGAAGUAAACUUUGUUGUUGGUUUGAUACGGGACCGGUUUAACGACGUGAUACAGAUUGGUCGGGACCUAGUUCGUCUUCUUCAGAAUGUUGCUAGGAUACCGGAGAUAGAACAGAUAAAGAAGAGAUUUCUGCAAUCUCGAAUAACCCCAGAUAUGGAGAAGAAACUGGUCUACCUCACAUCUCAGGUUCGUUUUGGUUCUCAUAAAAGAUACCAAGAUUGGUUUCAGAAAAAUUAUCUGGCAACAAUGGAGUCCCAGUCUCUCAGAUGUGAUUUAAUCCGUUUUAUUGUGGGUGUUAUCCAUCCUACAAAUGAACUCCUUUGUUCUGAUAUCAUCCCCAGAUGGGCAGUUAUAGGUUGGCUUCUAACGACCUGUACAAACCCAGUUGCUGCUAGUAACGCUAAGCUGGCCCUGUUCUAUGACUGGUUAUUCUACGAGGCGGACAAGGAUAACAUCAUGAAUAUCGAGCCCGCCAUUCUUGUCAUGCACCACAGUCUUCGUCCCCACCCUGCCAUCACAGCCACACUUUUAGAUUUCCUCUGCAGGAUUAUUAAUAAUUUCUAUCCGGCAGGAUGCGAUAAGGUGAGGAAUGGAAUUUAUUCCUCUUUGCGCCAAAUUGUUGACAAAAAAGUGUUGCCCUCCCUGAGCCCGCUGUUUGACAAUCAGCGGUUAGACCGGGAGCUAAGGGCGAUGUUGAAGGAACGGUUCGGCGGGUUCCUAGCUAAAGAAGAGGAGGAUAGAUCAGACCCGGCGAUUAUUCUUGAUAAGGAUGAGGAGAUGAUGCAUGAUGGUGACGGAGGUCCAACCUUCUCCGACGACGAGGAUGACGACCUUCCCAGCCUCCAAGGAUACCAGCCUGACGAGGAUGUUGUUCUCGCCCCCGUCAUUGUUCCCUCAACCCCUGAAGUGUCGAGUAAUAACGGGCAUUCAGCUCCAGUUCCACAGCUUAAUAAACUCAGUUACUCCGUAGAUCGGUUGCCUGGGCUGGAUCGACGGAUACCGGUAAACCAGGUGAACCACCUGAACCACAGCAACGGGGAGGAGAACGGAGAGAGAGAUAUCCAGGAGAAGCUGGAGGAGCUCAAGGAGGAGAGGAGCAGUGAGAGGAGAUGUGAGAUCAUGGAUCAGUUAGUUCAACUUCUUAUACAGGAGCAAACUGAUGGUGAGGAGGCCCGACAAGUCGCUGAAAAACUUUCAGAUAUUUUGAAAGAUCAGUUCGAGGGGAAAAUAUUCCCCGAGGUUCCGACCUCGGAGAAUAUCGAGGAUUCUAUCGGUCAACCUCUGUUUGUUGUGUUCAGAACACUGUGUGAGAUUAGUGAGAUAGAUCCUAACCGUCAACCCAUACUCGCAGUACUGGCUGAACUGUACGGUCUACAACCUCGCCUUGGAUAUUACCUUCUGUAUUUUCUGAAAUCCUACAAUAAACUAGACUACAAAGCUAAAGCUAAUCUAUAUAAGGACCUGUGCGAGGCUAUUGAUGACAACAACAGCUUGGAUAUUUGCCUUGUUAACGAUAUGAGACAAUGUCAGGAGGAUGAUGUUAGCUUAUUUGUGUACCUUGUUCCUGAUAUAUAUACACACUUCCAGAAGGCGGCUAUUGGUAAUGUUGAUUUGCUGUACCUGGUUGUAUCCUGUGUAGAUGGACGGCAGAUACAAACCCUUGUAUCUCAUAUAAUUGCCAGGGAUUUCAUUAUGUUCAAAAAGGACAGUUUCCAGCCAGUGAUCAGUGUGAGUCUAACCUGGGAAACAUUUGAACAGUACGCGCUCUGGCAACUACUUCUAGGGCAUGAGAUCCCAGUUGACUGUAUACUGCCACUAAUCCCUCGUCUCAGCUAUGUACAGAAUGCCGAGGCUCUAACACAUUUCAUGCAUCUUCUACGCAGAGAGAAACCCAGUGCCGAGCUUAUCAAACAUCUGAUGUCAAGAGAACCACAUCCAGGAGACAGGUUUGUAACUGCUGUGCUGACCAGCUGGCUCUCCCAGCAGUACGAGGAUUCUAAAAAGCUUGGAGAUCUCAUCGGGUCUCAGCUCUGUAAACAGGCUUCUCCAGCUGGAGGAAAACGGAAGAGAACAUCAAACACAAAUAAAACCCAGAAUAGCUUAGGAACUCUGUCUGAGAUGACUCUAGGACACCUCGACAUUCUCCGACAAACCUGUAAAAACUACGAUCUCUUUAACCUUCGCUCAAUACAACGCGCACUCCAAACUGUGCGCAGUCUCUGCACAGAGUUCCAGAAGAAAAAGUUCAGUGAUUUAUUCGCGCUCGCAGACUCAGAGAGUGAGGAGGAUUCAAAUCCCAAACAUAAAUCCUCGAAAUCAAAAUCUGCGAAAUCCCCGGGGAAACCUAAAAAGGCGGCGAGUAUUGGAGGCGGGAGCGUAAAGAACAGUGAGACCAGUGGAGAGUCAACAGAUUCAGAUGAUGAACCUCAGCCUCCGAAGGGGAAAGGCCGGCCUCCAAAGGGAAAGAAUCAGAGGAAAAGGACGAACAAGGUUAGCUACAAAGAAAUGGGAAGUACUGAAGACUCUACAGAGGAUGAUGACUCCAAGAAGACACCAAAGAAGCGCAAGAAAGCAACCUCUGAAAGUGAUUAAGACAGGAUUAUACUUUUAUUCACAUAUCGAUCUGAACAUUUGAACAGAAUACGAAUAAGUUUACUCAUUUGAGCUAUUGACAAAAAAUAGCUUCUUUUUCACGGCUGAAUAUUGAUUUAAUAUUCUCGGUUUUAAAAAAUCCUGUUCCGAGGUUCGGAGCACAAAAUCAUAAAUCAAAAUCUCCGGCUUCGGAAUUGAAAUUUUAAAAAAUCAGCCUCUGCAAAUAUUUUUUCCUGACACUAUACAAAAAUAUUGGUACGAUUUAUUAAAAUGCUUACACAAAUGUAUUUUUAUAGAAUAUUUUUAGCUGACGCGUUAUGAAUCUUCAUGUUUGUAUAAAUGUCGUUAUGAAAUAUAGUUUGAAUUGAACUAUGAAA